CCGUUUGCGUCGCUGCAUGUCGUUCGGCGCGGCUGGGUGUUUGUCGAUGCUGCUGGAUGCCGCCGGGGCUAUAAAUCACGGCCGCUGUCUUGGGCCGGCGCUGCACACCCAAGCUCCUUCCACCACAACAGCAGCUCUUCCCCCUCCAAGCCUCACAAGCAACCCCCUCCAAGCCUCUCAUCAACCAUGUCCGCCAGAGCCGUCGACGAUCUCCACCCCCAGCAGUUCCGGCAGUCCCGCAACGACGCCCCGAUCCCCAGCAAGGUCUCCAAAGAGGAGCAGCAGAUCUUCCUCGAGUCUACCAUUGCCGAUCGGGCCAUCGACUGCUACCCAGCGCUCGCCCGCGAGAUCGAGAACCACGGAUCUGAGUCUGUGCGAACUGCCCUCCACCAUGUCGAGCACCAGCGACCAGCCGCCUCGGGCAAGCACUACACUUGCGAAAGCUGUGGGCACGUCGGCAACCUCUAAGCGACUUGCGCCUCCUGCUACCGAGCGACAGCUCCGAUCAGCUCUCUAAAUCUACCACCCACUGCAUGCUCUCUGUUCUUGACGGUGCUGCCCUCAUUGUGCUUGCGCCAGGAGGCCGUUCAUGUUCUCGGUGCCCUAAACCCCACGUCGCUUCUGCCGCGACACUUUGCUCGAUUGCAUGGUGCACUCUUUCGCCUCGGAAACGACCUGUCCAAGUAUUUUGCGACAGUCAUUGCUGGCUAUCCAUAUCUUUGUGUGCAGCCGUGAUCUCUGUCAAUGCAGUGUGUUUCAGCAUCCACGGACACACCGCAUCGUCGGAGAGCUCUGGCCGCUUUCUUUCUGAAUGUCAAAUACAAUGCAUAUAUGCUCAUCCCAUUGUCUCAA